AAAACAGUGAGUGAUCCGUUGACGCUUUUUUGUGAGCAUCCUGUAAGAGAGAGAGAAAAUAAAUACUUCUUAUAUAAAUCUUCUAUAAAAGAAAAUCUGUAACUAAAAUUGAAGGACGGUAAAACUGAAGAUUGCAUCAGAAAUAAUGACGAGAUGAAGGAAAAUCAAAAUAAAACAAAGUUUUAUACACGUAUCGAAUUAGCAACAGGCCCCAUUGUCAAGGAACAAUAACAUCCUUGUCAUUCAGAAAUCACGCUCAACUGGGGUGAUAAAAUUGUGAGAAAAGAGCUGGAAAAAAGCUAUAAUUCUUUUCGAUGUUUUGUUCCAUCAUUAGACCAAUAAUUCCAACUGAUCGAGAAGCAAAAGAUUAUUUUUCAUGAUGAAUUAUAACUUGUCACCCACUUCCAAAAAUAGUCUGCAACUCGUUUACGAAAAUUCCAACUUACCCGAGGAAGUUACGCAACAUCAAGACAUGAACAAGUAUCAAGUGAAUCAAUCGGACAUUAUGUCAAACAUUAUGAAACCAUCCAGUGAGGAUAUCAAUCUCACAGAGAACACCCUGCAAUGUCCGAUAUGUAUCUUUAUUACAUCAAACAGAUCAAAAUUUAUCGAACAUUUAAUCAGCCAUUGCACAUCGAAAUGCAACAAUCCAAAUUUUAAAGCCAUCCUCGCGCAAUUGCCAAUCUUCAAAUUUCUUGAAGGCGAAACCAAUUAUUCUUUUCCUACAUUAGAAGAUUAUAUCGCACAUGAGACAGAGGAGAUCGACAAAUCUAAACUUUCGCAAAGCAAUGUAAAUCAGAGGCAAAACAAAAGUUUUCGAGAAGGUAAAACUUGCAAACAAUGUAACUUCGUAGCAAGCACGAAAAUGGAAUAUUGGGAACAUAUGCGCUGUCACAUCAAAGGCUUUACCUGUUCGCAAUGCUCUUUUGUUACGAAAUAUAAACAUCAUAUGAAUCACCACUGGCUUAGUGUUCACGACGGCUCCAAGCCGUUCAAGUGCAAAAAGUGUUCCUAUACAUGCGUAAGCAAAUCAAUGCUAACUAGCCACCUAAAAAAACAUUCGGAUGUUUAUCCAUAUAGAUGUGCGAACUGCACGUACAAGACUAAGUUUUGCAAUGCACUAAAGAAGCACCUACGAAAGAAAAAUCAUCAACCAGCGAUGGUAUUAAACGCUGAUGGCUCGCCAAAUCCCUUCUCCAUCAUCGAUGUCUACGGUACUAAACGCGGGCCCAAACAAAAGCCACCUGCUGAAAAACAGGAUGAAUUGAAUCAAAGUACUGAUCAAAGUAUGACGAUCGACAAUAGCCAGCUUAACUUAGCACCAACUUCUCCAAUUUUACCACUUCAAUCACCAGUCGCUCAUUAUUUAACUCUGACCACAGUGAAUGAAAUAAAUAAUGCAAAUUCGAUAAUGCAGAAUAACAUGAAACAGAACCAAUCUGUCGUGACGUUUCCUUAUAAUGAUUUGGUUGCUGCAUUUAACUUGUCAAACCACCUUCUGCUUCGCGAGGAUGCGAAAUUUCACGAAAAUGUGCAUGAAAUUAAUCACGCCCACGCUAAUACAUUGGAGUGCAUAAAAAUCAUGAAAAUGCCUGAGGAAUAUAUCCAGCAUCUGCCUCUAACUUGUUUAAACGAAAAUGAUGCUAAUAAACUUCAUAUUUCUGAUAACGUAAAUACUAGCGAAUCUUCGACAUUUGUGACGCUAAAAACUCAACUAAAGUCACAAAAAGAUGAGUCUACAGAUGCACCGUUGGAUCUCCGCAUCGCCGAGGUAAAUGAGAAAAAUCAAUUUCAAUUAAAAUUAUUAACUACAAAUUCACAUAAGAUCAUCGGCACCAAUAAACGCAAGGGUAGAGCUAUGAAACUGGAACGUCGCGCGAUGGAAGAGAACACGAGACCAAAGCAGAAAGAAAUGGAAUACCCCAAAUCUUCGACAAUUAAUGAACCCAUCUUCCGAGAAGAAAAUCAAAAUAUUAAAGACAGCAAAGGCAAAGCUAUCAUCGAUUCAAUCGACAUCGAGCACAUUUGUCAUUAUUGUGAGAUCACGUUCGGUAACGUUGUCAUGUAUACCAUGCAUAUGGGUUGUCAUGGCUUCGAUGAUCCUUAUACGUGCAAUAUGUGCGGUCAUCACUGUACCGAUAAAUUAUCUUUCUUUCUGCAUAUCGCUCAAUCACAGCAUACAUAGAAGCGAUAAAUCGGACGGCAAUUCGUUUGAGAGAAAAAUCCUGUACGUCAUAAAAAACGUAUAUAAGAAAAAGAAAGUGAAUGAGACAGGGAAGGAACUUUUCAAUACAAUUCUAGUCAAAAAUGUCAAUAUAGACGCUUUGAGAGGCGCUUGCAUUUGCCAGAUUGGCAAAUAUAUAUAAUUUUAAAGAAAAGUAGGGAAAGACAUGUUUAUAUAUGGCGCGUGUCUCUUGAUAUAUAUACAAAGCGUUAAUAAAAAUUUUAAGGCACUGUUAUAACAGUAAUAUUUCUGCAGUCAAACAAAAUUUAAAAAAUUUUUUUUUUUAGAUAAGAAAUUUUUGUU